AUGGAGCGAUUACUUUCAUCGGUUUCACGACCAAGACUUGCAUCAAUUCGAUGCAUUCCACAAUUAACUGUAUUGGCUCGUACAACACAUAAAUCAUUUAAUGGAUCAUCUGACACCUAUAUCGAGAGCAUGUAUGAACAAUGGUCUAAAGAUCCACAAUCAGUUCAUAAAUCAUGGGAUUUGUAUUUUUGUAAUCAAAAUCAACAAAAAACUUCAACACCAGACCUUUUUCUAUGUUCACCAGGUUUCUCACGAUAUGAUAAAGUGAUAAAUUCUAGUGAGAACCAAUUUCCAGUUUCUAAUCGAAUACAAACAGAUGGUAGUCGAGAAAGAAAAAUAUUUAAUAGUAAACUUGUCGAUGAUCACGUGGCUGUCGCUUCUCUUAUUCGAUCUUUCCAGGUGCGCGGCCAUAAAUUAGCUAAACUUGAUCCACUUGAAAUCUCAACAAUUGAUCUUGAUUCGGAAAGACCAACUGAUUUAUCAUAUAAAUUUUAUCGUUUCACUGAAGCUGAUCUUGAUCGAACAUUUUUUCUACCACCUGGUACUUAUAUUGGUGGCGAGGAAAAUCAACUUCCUUUACGUGAAAUUAUUCGACGAUUAGAAAAUAUUUAUUGUCAAACAGUUGCUGUUGAAUAUAUGCACAUAAAUAGUCAUGAAAAAUGUAAUUGGAUUCGUCAACGAUUUGAAGAUCCAUCAAAGAAAGUAUUAGAGAUACAAGAAAUUGAACGUGCAGCUCGACGACUAAUUCAUGCAUCAAAAUUUGAAGAAUUUUUAAAGAAAAAAUGGACUACAGAGAAACGUUUCGGCCUUGAAGGAUGUGAAGUAUUAAUACCAGCUAUGAAAAUGGUUAUUGAUACAGUAGCAAGUACAGGUGUUGACACAGUUAUUAUGGGCAUGCCACAUCGUGGUCGUCUUAAUGUUCUCAGUAAUGUUACAAAGAAAGCAUUAGACGAACUUCUACGUCUAUUUAAUGACAAAAUAGCAACGGAUGGUGAACCUGAAACUGGUGAUGUUAAAUAUCAUUUGGGAACAUAUAUUGAACGUUUAUAUUCUGCGACGAAUUCAAAAAUUAAAUUUAUACUCUUAGCUAAUCCAUCACAUCUUGAAGCUGUGAAUCCUGUUGUUCAAGGUCGAACUCGAGCUGAACAAUUUUAUCGUAACGAUAAACAAGGUGACAAAGUGAUGAGUAUAUUAUUACAUGGCGAUGCAGCUUUUGCUGGUCAAGGUGUAGUUUUUGAAACAUUUCAUUUAACUCAUUUACCAGAUUAUACAACUCAUGGAACUGUUCAUAUUAUUUGUAACAAUCAGAUUGGUUUUACUACGGAUCCACGUGUAGCUCGUUCAAGCCCCUAUUGUACUGAUGUAGCAAGAGUUGUUAAUGCACCAAUAUUUCAUGUUAAUGCCGAUGAUGUUGAUUCAGUUUUAUAUGUAGCUAAAGUAGCUGCUGAAUGGAGAUGUAAAUUUAAAACAGAUGUUGUUAUUGAUCUAGUUGGUUACCGGCGUCAUGGUCAUAAUGAAGCUGAUGAACCUAUGUUUACACAACCACAUAUGUAUGGUAAAAUUAAGGAACAAACCCCGGUGUUGAAAAAGUGGAUUGACAAAUUACUUAAAAGCAAUAUAAUCAAACAAGAAUGGUAUGAAGCUGAAGUAACUAAAUAUGAGAAAUUUAUUGAUACUGCAUGGACAAAUUCUAAAAAUUCUGCUGUUGUUAAAAUCAAAAGUUGGAUUGAUGCACCAUGGAAAGGAUUUUUUAAUAAACACGGUCCUUUUCCUUAUCCAAAAACUGGUAUAUCUGAAGAUAAAGUAAAAAAUAUCGGUAUUAAAGCUUAUGAACCACCAAAAGAUUUGAAUCUUCAUCGAGGUCUUAAACGUAUAUUUGACAAUCGUAUUAAAAUGUUAGAAGAACGUCAAAUUGAUUGGGCAUUAGCAGAGUCAAUAGCAAUUGGAAGUAUUUUAGAUUCUGGACAUCAUGUUCGUCUUAGUGGACAAGAUGUUGAACGAGGAACAUUCUCACAUCGUCAUCAUGUCUUACAUGAUCAAGAAAAAGAUUUAGUUACUUAUAUACCUUUGAAUAAUCUUCAUCAAACACAAGGAAAUUAUACAAUAUGUAAUAGUUCAUUAUCAGAAUUUGCAGUAUUAGGUUUUGAACUUGGAUAUUCAACAUCAAAUCCAUAUUCACUUGUGAUAUGGGAAGCACAAUUUGGUGAUUUUGCUAAUACUGCUCAAUGUAUUAUUGAUCAAUUCAUUUCAAGUGGUCAAGCUAAAUGGGUUCGUCAAAGUGGAAUUGUUCUUCUUCUACCUCAUGGAUACGAAGGACAAGGACCAGAACAUUCAUCUGCUCGAUUAGAACGAUUUUUACAGAUGUCAGCUGAAGAUGAAGAUCAUGUACCAGAAAUUAAAAACAGCGUAUAUAAUGAUCUAUCAAUGUAUCAACUAGAUCAAACAAAUUGGAUAAUAGCAAAUGUAACAACUCCAGCAAAUUUUUUUCAUAUUCUUCGCCGUCAAACAGCACUUCCAUUCCGUAAACCAUUAAUAAUAAUGUCACCAAAAUCUUUACUUCGUUUACCUGAAUGUCGUUCAUCAUUUGAUGAAAUAAUAGAUGGUACAAGUUUUAAACUUAUUUAUCCAGAAGAUGGUGUAGCAUCGACUAAUCCUGAUCAAGUCAAAAAACUUAUUUUUUGUUCUGGAAAAACUUACUAUGAUUUAAUAAACGAACGAACAGGAGAAAAACUUGAUUCUCAAAUAGCUAUUGUACGUAUUGAACAAUUAUGUCCAUUUCCAUUUGAUUCAAUUCGUAUGGAACUUGAAAAAUAUAAAAACGCAAAAGUAUGUUUUGCACAAGAAGAACAUAAAAAUAUGGGAUCGUAUUCAUUCUGUAAACCACGUCUUGCUAGCGUUCUCCGAGAAAUGAAUGAUAAACGUGCUAAUGAAAUCAAUUAUGCUGGACGUGAUGCAGCUGCAGCAACAGCGACUGGUUUGAAAUCAAUUGAUAAGAGUGAAAAGAAAAAAUAUAUGCAUGAAGCAAUGGAAAUAUAA